AUGGCUGUGACUCCAUUAGCUUCUGUAAUCUCAGCUUCUCCGGUGAGCGAUUGGUGCUCUUCCACUGCCCCCAAUGACACAGCUCCACCUGAAACCAGAAUCAACACUCCUCUGUUUCCGAUUUCUCACACAGCAGCUCCACCUGAAGUCAAUAACUCUUUCUUCAACUUCAUACUAGAACAGCUGCCUUUGAUGAACAAUAACUCUUCUCUCCUGCUACUGUAA